AUAUUAUUAGAUUUAUGUGUUAUCUCGCAGUACCAGGAACUAAAGGACGGCAGGGGGACAAGAAUAACAAACACGGCGGAAGAAUCUCCUGUUAUGUACAUUGCUGUUUCUGAUAGAAUGACUCUGCCUUUCUCCAGAGAGGGUUCCGAGGGCGCUGCUAUGUACACAUCCAGAGUUCCGUCACCAGAAUUCCACUUGGACAACAUUUUGAACCCAAACAAUUGCAUGGGUUCAAAAUCGGUGGAACCGUCACGGCGAUGGACUUCCAUUGAUUACGAAUAUCCUAUCAGACCACAUUCGUCAGCCGCCGGAUCGUACGUCCAGAACUUAGGCCAACAAGAUAUCGCCUCGACGCACACCGAAUCGACGUUCUUUUUCCCGAUCAAUAAUAACGACGAGCCGGAGUCAGAAAAUGCCCUAGCAACCGUGCCGUCUGCCCCAUCUGAAUACGGUUCAUUUGCGCCUGUUGGUCGGGCUCUUUCGUAUCCGUCGACGCCGGCAAACAACACACCAUACCUGUCAGCGACUAUGAAUCGCAAGCCUAUGGUUGAAAUGCGCGCUUCGUCCCGUUCGUUGUCACACCUUGAGGUCGCCGGGAAACAACAGCCAGCAGAAUAUUUCGGAGCGAGGCGCUUGGUCCCGCCUCCGCAUUAUCAUACACUUUCGUCCUACGAAAAGAUGGAGAGUAUUGUGUGAUCUG